CUGGCUUUGGCUGUGCACUGUCUGCCGUGGAAAGCUGCCGUUUGUAGGCUGUGGAAAGAUGGCUCCUCAGAAACGCAGAGUGUUUGUUGUGGGAGUGGGUAUGUCCAAGUUUGAGAAGCCGGGGGCAAGAGAGGAGUUUGAUUACCCUGACAUGGCAAAAGAAGCGGGUCAGAAAGCCCUUGCCGAUGCUGGGAUCUCUUAUUCUGCCGUGGAGCAGGCUUGUGUUGGCUAUGUGUAUGGGGACUCCACCUGUGGACAGCGUGCCAUCUACCACGGUUUGGGGCUGUCGGGCAUCCCCAUUGUCAAUGUCAACAACAACUGCUCCACAGGGUCCACCGCACUGUUCCUGGCACGCCAGCUGGUGCAGGGAGGCUUGGCUGACUGUGUCCUUGCUCUGGGAUUUGAGAAGAUGGAGAGAGGCUCCCUGUCGUCCAAGUACAUGGACCGGACCAACCCUAUUGACAAGCACAUGGAGGUGAUGAUCAAUCAGUAUGGCCUGGCAGCUGCCCCCGCCGCCCCCCAAAUGUUUGGCAAUGCUGGUCAGGAGCACAUGGAGAAAUACGGCACCAAGCCCGAGCAUUUUGCCAAAAUCGCUUGGAAGAACCACAAACAUUCCAUCAACAACCCGUACUCUCAGUUCCAAGAAGAAUACACUCUGGAUCAAGUGCUGAAGUCUCGGAAGGUCUUUAGAUUCCUUACUCUGCUGCAGUGCUGCCCCACCUCUGACGGCGCGGGAGCUGCAGUGCUGGCCAGUGAAGACUUUGUGAGGAGACAUGGCCUGGAGCAAAAGGCGGUGGAGAUCCUGUCUCAGGAGCUGGUGACUGACUUUGCCAGCACCUUUCAGGACAACAGCUGCAUUAAAAUGGUGGGGUAUGACAUGACCAAGGAGGCAGCGAGGCGAUGCUUCCAGGCGGCCAGCUUGCGGCCCGAAGAUGUUGAUGUCAUUGAGCUGCACGACUGCUUCUCUGCAAAUGAGCUGAUCACCUAUGAAGCCCUGGGGCUGUGUCCAGAAGGGAAGGCUGGAGAGCUGAUUGACAGAGGAGACAACACCUAUGGGGGAAAGUGGGUAGUUAAUCCCAGUGGAGGCCUCAUCUCAAAGGGACACCCUUUAGGGGCCACAGGUCUGGCACAGUGUGCUGAGCUCUGUUGGCAGCUCAGAGGGGAAGCUGGGAAGAGGCAAGUUCCGGGUGCAAAGGUUGCAUUGCAGCACAACAUCGGUAUCGGUGGAGCUGUGGUAGUAACUCUGUACAGAAUGGGUUUUCCUCAGGUUACAAGAGCGCAGAGGAUCCAGGCAGUGCACACCAGUGCGGCAGGUGGACUGGAGGGGUUCAAGGCUUAUGCUGUUUUCAAGGAGAUUGAGAAGAAACUGGAAGAGGAAGGAGAGCAGUUUGUGAAGAAGAUCGGGGGGGUGUUCGCAUUCAAGGUGAGGGAUGGGCCUGCAGGCAACGAGGCCACCUGGAUCGUGGAUGUGAAGAAUGGCAAAGGCUCCGUGGACACUGACACAGCUAAGAAAGCAGACUGUACCAUUACAAUGUCUGACAGUGAUUUGCUGUCAUUGAUGACUGGGAAGAUGAACCCUCAGACUGCCUUCUUCCAAGGAAAGCUGAAGAUAACGGGGAACAUGGGUAUGGCCAUGAAACUUCAGAAUCUGCAGCUCCAACCUGGAAAAGCAAAGCUGUAAUGGAAUCCUUCAGAGUCCUGUUUCUUUCCCUCCUGGUCUCCCCAGGAUAGUCUCUGUGCAAGGAGGGGUCUUUGCCACACUGUAUAUCUGUUCUGUAGUGUGAAAGAGGAGAGGGGUAGGCUGAUGGAUGAGGGGACAAUUGCCAGAUGAGCAUCUUCCCAAUGUCUUUUCCCCCUGUUCUAACUCGGUGAGAAACUAGCAAUAUAGAAUUGCACUGGGACUUUGUAAUAGUAAAAUCAUCUUAAGUUUAGAUAUCUUUUUACAAUACUGUAUGAUUAUGUACAGGUCUGAAACUACUAACACUUUAGGAAAUGCAAAUGGAAUUUUUAAGAACUUUAUAAAUGAAAUCUGUUUAUAAAGUAUUAUGACGAUUGUGAUAACCAACUUCUACUGUAGAUAAAAUUGAUGUUAGUAAGAAAAACCUAAUCCUGACUAUAGCAUAAAUCAUGCUUCUAACCCUGUGGGUAUGAAAUAAUUUCUAGAACUGUUUAUAUCAUCAUUAAUCAUGUAAAUAAUAAGGUAUUAGACCUCUAUAACACAGGCUUAAAUUAAAGAGUGACCCUUAAGCUUAAUGCUAUUGACCUGAUCAUGUGUUUAAAUAAUUGUGAAUUUUGAAAUUAAUUGACUCUUCAGCUACAGCCACAAAUGUUUCAGACAUCCUCUUGCCAAAAUAUCAGCACUGGUAGUGUUAUCCUCUUCACAGAGGUUGUACUUGAUAAAGUGAAUGCAAAGUCUUUGUGUAUUGUAUAGAGUAAUGAGAAAGCUGUGUGUGAUGUAAGGGGUCACUUAAUCAGUCUUGUUACAUCUGUAGUGCAUCAUGUUCAUGAAGUGUUUCCUGAAAAUGUUGUGAGCUGCACAGCUGUCAGUUAGUCACUCUGUUCUGUACUUGUACGGUUAACUCUUACUGGAACCUGAUGGACAAAUAAUUGGAGAAAGUCUCUGUUAAUCCAUUUAGCUGAUUCUGAAAAUCCUAUUGGAAAGAUAAUGUGAAAUUCAUGCAAACCAAUUAAGCUUGUGACUAAAGAUAUUAAAGUACUGUUUUAAGUCCCAGAAUAAAAUUUUGAAUUAUUGCAUUAACACAAAAACAGAACAAACACCUCCUUUGUCUCUUAGGUGAUGCUUUCUAUAUCUGAAAUGUUUAAAACGACCUAAAGUCCCAAAGACAUCUUGGAGUUUUGUUUUCGAGAGUGGCUUUUUCCUGCUUAAGAUUGUUGCUGAUACCCUGACAGCUGUAGCCACUACAACAGUGGCUGCAUUCAUCGUUUUCUUGGACAGACCCAAUGCAGGCCAUCUAACAGGAGAUUUUAUCAGACCUGCUGGGCUGUAUCUUAUCUGUCCAUCAUGUGAUGCUUCACCUUGAAAAGGUUGGGAUUCCUAUACAAAUGAAUGGCUUGUAGCCAUACGGAGCCAUAAUCUGCAGUUAUAAGGCAAUUGUGGUAAAAGGUAUUGUGUAACGGGAAAUGUACAUAAUAUAACCCUAACAGCUUAGGUAUACUCAGCAUUUUUGUUAAAAUAAAAUGUUUUCUUUAAGAUGUUGAAAUAUACAACCAAAUUCCAGCUGUUUAGAAACUCUAAUGAUGGUACUACAGUAUAGUGAUUCCUAAUCAUUCUUUCACAGCUACUGUCACAAUGGCUUUACACAGUACUGUAGAAAUUAUUUUAGACUGUGGCAUCUUUGCUACUUCUGAUACAUCCUCUUAGGAACAGUGUAUCUACACACUAUAUAUCUUAAUAACAGUGUUUUACUGUAGAUUUUUCAUUGUGCUAUAAUAAGUUGAGAGUCGUGGUUAAAAAAAAUUCACUUGAAAUGCUUUAAAAUCAUUUCCAUACCUGAAAGUCAAAUACUCCAAAGAAAUAAGAACAAACAAAAAAACUUAUCUUUGUUCCACAUAUAUGCUCACACAGAUACUGGUAGUUGCAGUUUUUCCUUAAAGUCUACAAGAAAAGCAGAAGUUUCAAAUACUGUUAGGAUUUCAGGCUUCUGUACUGUAUAUAUGCAGCACAUCUUACUUGACAUUUAUUGAAAUGGUUUUCAUUUUGCAUGUAGAACCAAUUAAAUUGAACAAUGUUUCCUACUGAA